GAAGAAUGCGUAUUCCUCUAAUAGCACCCUCUGAGCCUAGCCUCAAACAACUCUUCCCUCGCAAGGGAGGUGGCGGCGGUCACGGCGGGGGGAGCAGUGGUAAGGGCGGGAGUGGGAGUAGCAGCGGUAGCAAAGGCGGCAGUGGAAGUAGCAGCGGUAGCAAGGGCGGGAGUGGCAGCAGCAGUGGCGGCAAGGGUGGUAGCAGUGGCAGCAGCAGCAGCGGGAAGUCUCAAAGCAUCCCGCUAAGUGGCUCCACCGGCGGCAAGAAGACUGCCACGACGUAUGGCUCUGGCGGGGGACGCGCGGUGACUAUCCCUGCCGGCCAGCCCUUCGCUGGGCGCACGUCCGGUGGCGGAACGCGUGGUCAAGUCUAUGGUACAUCGACAUAUGGCAGCGGCUAUCCAGGCCUUGCUGCCGGCUCCGUGCUCGGAAGAGGCUUCCCAUUCAUAUUCUGGCCAGUCGUCUGGGGCGGAGGAUUGGGGUUGGGCGGUGCCUACCUCCAUGACCACGAGUAUGGCUCACCCACGAACGCGAGCAGGCCAGGCGGAGCCCUCACACAAGCGACGUUCACGUCGAACAGCACGAACAGCACCUUCUGGGUGGUGGCUGACAACGCCACCGUCUCCGCCCUCAUUACCACCAUCUACGACAAUUGCACGCUCGGCAGCAAUUCGUCGACCGCGCCGACACCAUUCAGCGGCAAUGCAAGUCAGGCGCAGCCAGAACAGGUGAUCCAAUACUACCGCGCGAGCAGUGUCGCCCUCGCUCUCGACGGCUACAACGACACGGCGAAAUUGACGAACCCGAAUGCGACCGACGUACCUCUGCCGAGCUGGAUGGACACCCAGCUCGAAGGCUGUCUGAACGCGACGAUUGCCGCGAGCGUUCCGCUCGUCAGCGCCGCUGAUAUGCGGUGGCAGCCACCGGUAGGGAUUAUCGGGCUAGUGUGGCUGCUUUCCCUUGCUUGA